AUGUCAUUAUUAAUCCCUGGACCAAAGGCACCGGGAAAUGAUAUUGACGUGUUCUUGCGUCCCUUAAUAGAUGAGUUGACUGAAUUAUGGGAAGAGGGAAUUCAUACAUAUGACGCUUACAAGCGAGAAUCGUUUCAAUUAAGGGCAGCAUUACUUUGGACCAUUAAUGACUUUCCUGCAUACGCUAAUCUUUCUGGUUGGAGCAUGAAGGAUAAGUUGGCAUGCCUUACAUGUACCUCUGAAACAGAUUCACUUUGGCUUGUGCAUGGCCGGAAAUAUUGUUAUAUGGGCCAUCGUUGGUGGUUGGUGCGAGAUCACAGUUGGAGAAGGAAAAAGUCAGCUUUUAAUGGUAAGGAGGAACACCGUCUGCAACCGAAUAUUUUGGAGGGACAAGCAUUAAUGGAGCAAUUACAUGAGGUCUCGAAUGUGCAGUUUGGUAAAUCAUCAAAGAAGAGAAAACGUGCGCCCAAUGAACUGAAUUGGACCAAGAAGAGUAUCUUCUUUGAACUUCCGUACUGGUUAGACUUGGGAUUGCGACAUAACUUAGACGUCAUGCAUAUUGAGAAAAAUAUUUGUGAUAAUGUUUUGGGAACAUUGGUGAAUAUUGAAGGCAAAAGUAAGGACACCGCUGCAGCGCGUAGGGAUUUGGAAGAUCUUGGACUAAGGAAAGAAUUACAUUUACAACAUGAUGGUAAUCAAACUUCUAUGAGUCUUGCUUGUUACAUGUUAAACGUCACUGAGCGAAGGAGUUUUUGUGCCCGCUUAUCAGAAGUUAAAUUUCUUGAUAGCUUUGCCUCAAAUAUUGCCCGGUGUGUCAACGUUACUGAAGGAAAAAUAAUGGGAAUGAAGAGCCAUGAUUGUCAUAUCUUCAUGCAAUAUUUGUUGCCGAUUGUUAUUGGUGGGUACCUACGACCUGAUGUGCGUCGAUGUUUAUUAGAGUUGAGUUCGUUUUUCAAAGAAUUAUGUUCACGAGCACUCGACAUAACAGUCUUGAAACAGCUUCAAGCUAAUAUUCCCAUCAUUCUUUGCAAACUGGAAAUGAUAUUUCCACCUGCAUUUUUCGAUAUCAUGGUGCAUCUCGCUAUUCAUCUACCAGAUGAGGCUUUGCUAGCAGGACCUGUCCAGUAUAGGUGGAUGUACCCUUUCGAGAGGUAUAUGGGUAAGUUCAAACAGUAUGUCCGCAACAGAGCCCGUCCAGAAGGCUCAAUUACUGAGGCAUAUUUGCAUGUCGAGUGCCUGACAUUUUGCUCCAUGUACCUUAAUGAUAUCGAGACUAGACAUAAUCGAGAGGAACGAAACACUGACACAGUUGGGCUGGGCCCCAUGGAGCCAAGUUUAUCGGUUUUUUCUCAAAAGGUGCGCCCACUAGGGGCAGCAAGAAUGGCAAAAUUAGAUGACUCUCUGUUGGCCAAGGCCACGUGGUACGUCCUUAAUAAUUGUCUGGAGAUUGAGGACUAUUUAGAGGAUCACCUUAACAAGAUGAAAGAAGAGGACCCAAGUAACUUUGAGCGUAGGCACCAAAUUCAAUUCCCAACAUGGUUCAGAACGCGCCUCGAAGGGAUUUGCCGCACCCAAAAUAGUGGGGUUGUUGUUCAUUGUGAACAUCAAGGAUUGCCUGUUGACUUUUAUGGUGUGUUGCAAGAUAUCAUAGAAUUACGCUACAUGGGUUGGUGUAAGUGUUUCAUGUUUAAAUGUGAUUGGUGGGGCAUUAGUAAUACAAGAAGGGGGAUACAUGUUGGGGACCACUUCACGAGUGUUAAUACCAACCGGCAAUGGUAUAAAGAUGAGCCUUUCGCCCUUGCAUGCCAAACGUUGCAAGUAUUUUACAUCAAGGACCCGAAUUGGGGGGGAAGCUGGCACGCGGUACACAAGAUAACCAAUAGGAAUGUUUACAAUAUUCACCAAAAAAACUCAGACUUGCAUGAGGAUUACAUUGAUGAUGAUGAUGAGUCUGACACUAUUGAAGUAGAAGACGAGAGUGACACUGAUGUUAGGCACUAUGUAUCUGUUAAUGAAACUAGCCCGGAGAGGCUCAAUCCACUGACCUGCGGCGAUUCAGACCAGUUGCCGGUUGAUCCGAAUACCAUGUCACCUGCCCAAGUAAUAAUUAUAUAG